AUGGCUUGCAAGUUACGUACUGCUGAGCGCAAAUUGCCGGACGAGGAGAACUUGGGGGUCACCGGCAAGAUUAAGCAAGAGGGACAGAAAGGCCGGCGACAACCGUUGGCUGAUUUGGACGGUAGAAAUAUUUCAAAUCGUGGGGGCGGCCCGGACGUGGUGAACCCGAUGAGGAAGCCGGAACUGAAGGACGAUGAUCCGGGUGAAGGUUAUACAGGUAAACAACUGGCGGACAUGGACCCGGAUGAGGAUGAUGCCAACAAUGACCCGCACAUGGUGUCAGAUUAUGUCAACGAAGUGUUCGCUUAUUUGCGUCAGUUGGAGAUGCAACAGCCCAUCAGAAGGAACUUUCUAGAUGGCCACGAGACCACCGUUAAGCAGCGAUCGGUCCUGCUGAACUGGCUGGUGGAGGUGCACUCGGAUUUCAAGCUGUCGUUGGAUACUCUGUAUUUGUGCGUCUCGGUGCUGGAUCGCUAUCUACAGGGCGACAAAACUGUGAGUAAGACCACGUUGCAGCUCGUUGGUGUGACCGCAAUGAUCAUCGCCAGCAAAUACGAAGACAUUGACGCCCCCCACAUUCAAGACUUUGUUUAUGUUUGUGAUAAGGCGUUCGCCAAAAAGGAAGUCAUCAAAAUGGAGCUGCAAAUCUUGAAAGCUCUGGAUUUUAAGCUGGGAAAAGCUGGGUCUAUACACUUUUUGAGACGCUACAACAAAAUUGCCAGAGUUACUGGUAAACAUCAUAACCUAGGGAAGUAUUUGUUGGAGCUGGCUUUGUUGGAGUAUAAGUUUGCGCACGAGGCUCCUUCGAUGGUGGCCGCAGCCGUCUGUGUCCUUUCAAUUGCAAUCAUCGACAAUGUUAAGAAGUUGAGGCCGAUUUGGACGCCCGCUCUUCAAACGUGCAGCUCCUAUCGUUACGUAGAUAUUAAACGGAUCAUUAACAACGUAAUAACGUUGGUAAGAUUUGCCUCUAAUUCGAAAUAUAGAGCUGUUAAACAGAAAUAUGCCCUGUCAAGGAACGAGGGAAUCAGUAUGAGUCAUAUAUUAUUUAGAGUUGAACAAUUAAUCAUUUAG